GCAGAUGCGCAGAGCGCAGGGCGUGCGUGUUGUAAACUUGUAAAUGGAAAUAUAAAGAAGAAAGAAGUCAAAGUGUUUGGCUUGGCAUAGUAGUACUUACUACCCACUGUACUUUUACCCGCAGUUUGAUUGCAAAACUCCAAAAGAAGCUGAGCCAGCGCAUGAAGAAUUGAAUCUUUUUCAAGAAGUAAGCAGAAGUUGUGUGUGUGUGUGAAUCGAGUCAUCUAAAGUGUGCUCUCUCUGCACUUGCAGUUUUUGGGAAAACAAUAUAGUUUAAAAGGGGGAAGAAGAAGAAGAAGAAGCAGUAAGGGCAAGCUGCAGGUGGACUAUUCUCUUUGAUUGAUUUGAUGCGGAGGAGAAGGCUGUUGCUCGUGAUUGCCUCGUUAGGUAGUGCUGCAGAGGAAGAGCACUGCUGCUGCUGCGAUGUCAGCGGACUCGCCGAGAAGGACGGGCAACCAGAGGGGCGCCCAGGUCAUCUCGCCCCAACCAGUCAGCGACAAGUCCAUCAUAGACAGCGUCGCGGGUAUCAUCAAUGAUAUCGUGCCCCAGUAUUCCUUUCUUUCGAUAUCUCCAAAGGCCUACAGCAGUAGCGUCCCCAGCACCGAUAACAGGGAGACCAUAACAUGGGCCAGAUUCGAAUACGCGGACGUCAACGAUCCGACCUUCUAUCCUGACUACAACGAGGGCUCGAGCAUACCGCCUUUGUUGCUGGUACUCGGAUACAACACUGGAGUUCAGGUAUGGCUGAUCGCAGCAUCGGGCGAAGCAACGGAGGUGCUGUCCUGGCGCCAGGGUAUGGUGCGCACGUUGCGCAUCCUGCCAAGACCCAGACGAGGCGAGCGAGACUGCGAGGACGCGUUCAAGCUGAAGCGGCCGAUGGUGGCGAUCUGCGACGCAGCUGGCCCGGGGCCGCAGUUCUCGAACGUGGGCUUCGUGUCGCUGAAGACCGGCGAGCAGGUGAAAAGCAUCAAAUUCAAGAGCUCGGUCUGCGACGUGCACGCCAACAAGCGCUCGAUCGUCAUCACCUUCCCCGAGAAAAUAGCCAUCUUCGAUGCUGCGACCCUUGAGGACGUUGUCACCGUGACUACCUGCUAUCUCAGUCCCGGACCGAAUCCGAAUCCCAUCGCGCUUGGUAACAGAUGGCUUGCUUACAGCGAGAAGAAAUUGAUUCCUGGCCGCAGGAGUAGCGGGGGCUGCGAGGGCGAGGGUGUCGCGAGUUACACGGCUACGGUGCUGUACGCGGCCAAGUCACUGGGCAAGGGCUUACGAGGACUCGGCGAAACGGUUGCCUCUAGUCUUACAGGCAACACCGUGUCACCCUCGAACCUGAACAAUUCGAACGCAACGGACGCGACUCAGGCUGGUAUCGUCACGAUCCUCGAUUUGACGGCUGCCAAGGAGGAGAAGGUAACCGACGAUCCGAACAUCGAGACCUUUGUCGCGCACUUUCAGGCCCACAAUGAUGCCAUCGUAGCCAUGACGUUCGAUCUGACUGGCGCUCUGCUCAUGACUGCUGAUAAGCGCGGUCACGACUUUCAGGUUUUCAGGAUACAUCCUCACCCGAGUGGUCCGAACCUCGCUGCAGUGCACCACCUGUACGUACUGCACCGAGGUGACACGACGGCCAAGGUCCAGGACAUGGCUUUCUCGAGCGAUGCGCGCUGGGCCGCCGUUUCGACCGUUCGGGGCACGACCCACGUCUUCCCUGUGGCACCUUACGGCGGACCUGCUGGGGUGCGCACUCAUUCUUCACCUCACGUGGUCAACCGGCUGUCGAGGUUUCACCGCAGUGCAGGCCUCAGUGACGACGGCACUCAUCGCUCUCACUCACCUGUCUCGCAUGCCGAGCAGCCCACACCCGUCUGUCCCUACACCAAUCCCCGGUUGCCGCCCUAUCCCCAGCCCGCGAUCCUUCAUCCGCUCGCCCAGAUCCGUCAGCCCUCGAGCUUGAAUCAUACCAACAACCAAGCACAACCAAGAGUACAACAAAGGCAACGCCUUUAUUCCGAUGAUAGUGUUACGUUACCGUUGAAAAUAUGCGCCUGCUUCGCACCACCACGAGCCUGGAUCUAUGCACAACGUGAUUCUAGCAAUAAACUGACGAAACGAGCAGUCGACUCUUUGUUCAUAAUGGCCUGUCAUGGCAAUCUAAUUCAAUACGAUUUGGAACCUAAAGCUAGUUCCAGCGUGCCUAAGGAAAAAGUGUGCGACGACACAGAAAUUGAGUUAGAGGUAGAAGCUAAAGGGCAGUGGCCGCUGAUAAGGAGCCCCAGUUCCUCAGAUAUAAUACCUCCUCUGCUACCCAGCAGUCCACUGCUUGAUGUCUCGAUGACUCCGUCAAACAAUUUGCAGUUCAAUAGCAAUGAAAGCGCUCGAUGGUUGAGCCAAGUCGAAAUGUGCACUCACUCUGGACCGCAUCGUCGUCUCUGGAUGGGACCUCAAUUUGUUUUCAAAACUUACAACGCACCCAGCGGAGUGGCUGCUAAUCUCGUAGAGGCUGAAACCGUUGAGGUUGGCACGACUGGCGGCUCACGACCUGCUAGAUCGAAUCCUGUUAACAUGCCUCGAGCUGGUAGCAGACCAUUAGUACCGUUAGUCAUCGAUGGCUCGGGAAGUAGUUAUGAGCAGUCACCACGAGUCGUUGAAACCUAUGGAGAUGCGCUAGAUCACGAAAAUAUCGACAUACUUGGAGGUGGUGAGAAUCAGUUACGAGAGGACCUUGCUGAAGCCAUGCUCGAAACAUCCUCGGUACCACAUCCAGUGUCAGGGAGGCGCUUCGUAGUUGAGAGGGUGGGUCACCCGGUAACUAAGGUCGUCAACCCCCUCGGCACCGUGAUAACCGUCCCAGCUGACGAGGAGGACGCCCUGUCGCUCUGCGGGCCCUCGCAUCAGUCACCGGCGUCGGCCGACCAAGAUCCCGGCCCCUCGUCGUUUGGUUGCUCCCCGAGUCUGCCGCCGCCGAGCGUCUGCGCCGAGCAGGGCAGCUGGCCCGAGGCCGCCGAGGAGCCUCCAGCCGAGGCCCAGACCCUCCGCGGCCACACCGAGAUCUGCGCGGAGAUGCGGCCGGCCGACGAGCCCGCGGCCAUCGACAGCGUGCCCGACUCGAGCAUCGAGGAGCUCAAGGAGCGCCGAAGCCUCUGCGCCGAGGCUGCGCCCACUGCUGCCUGUUGCACCGUCGACCUCGACCGCGUGGGCGCCUUCCGGGACGUUCCCAGCAGCCCGAGCCUCUGCGCCGAGCGGGGCGCCGUGCCCGACUGCAGCAACGUCGCUGCUACCCCCGUUACGGCCCUACCCCUCGAUUACCACCUGAUCGAGGAACACGAGCAGCACUUGGCGCUCGGCUUGUCCGAGGAGCUCGUGGUACUUGCCAGCAAGACGCCAGGCUGCACCUCCUCGGACGAUGAUAUCGAGCACAUUAACAUCACGGAAGAGCUCACCGACUCUUCUGCUGCUGUUGCCGACACGGCGACAACGACGACGACGACGAUGGUAGUAAUCGACGACGCGAGUCCCCAGCCUACGGAGCACGAGCAAGUUGAGCCGAGCAGGCAGCCCAGUGGCGGUGUCUUGUCCUCGGACGACGACAUCGAACACGUGCUGCUGAGUGACGUAGCCGGCACCGCGGCCACCGGCAAGUCGAGCGCGAGGAGCGGCAGGAAGCGUAGCGAGGAGAAGCAGCGAGCUGCCGUCGCGGAGACGACGAGGAUGCUCGUCGACAGGGAGCCGAUGGUAAAGUCGAGCUCGAAGGAGACCAGCAAACCUGAGGAGAUGCGUGCCUAUGGGUUGCAGGAGCAAAAGAUGCAGUUGCCACAGAUACCGGCACCCCAGCAGCAGAGCCACUCGAAGAAGACACGAAUGCGCGCCAAGCGCCAGAUUUCCUCGGACAUGGUCGAGAUCAUCAACAUGGACGUGCCGUCGUUGGAGCGGCCUCCGUCUCCUCCUCCACCUCAGUCCGUUCUGCCGCUGCUACCACCGGCCCCAUCGUCAUCGUCGCCUUUGACCGAGAAUUUCGAGGAGUCUCCCGAUAUGGUCGAGAUAAUCGACAUUGACGCGAUGGAGCGCGCGGAGAAGAGCAAUAGCCGCUAUCCCAAGACGCCGCCUCCAGAAUGCAAGAUCUUAAUGCCCGUCAGGCCCGAGUUUGGGAAGAAAAAGUCCAAGCACCGCAGGAGGCAGCAGCAACAACAACAACAACAACAACAACAACAACAGCAGCCAAAUCCGAUAUCGCCGCAUGUUUCGACUGAUCGGUGCGACUUGGAUGAGCAGGAAGUAGAGAGGGACGAUAUCAGGGUGAGCUCGUCCUCGUGGAGCUCGAUCGUGAGACACAGAAGCAUCAGCAGCGGCAGCAUGCACAAGUCCGAGUCCCCGGAGGCAGUGGUGCCAAAGCCGUUCUUUGAGCUCGAGAGCAGCCCCGGCGACGACGAAGCGGAGGCGAACAAGGAGAACGUUGACCUGAGCGCCAAACGCGAGGAACCCGACGACGAGCCGGAAGUCCUAGUUUACGAGUUGGAAACUCCCCGAAAGAAAAGUAGCAGUAUCAGUAGCGUCGAAGAGCCAACUCUAGCCGAAGUGAUGGCUACCAAACAGAUCCCCGACUUGGUGGACUCGGAGACGAACAAGAAAAAGAAAACUAGCGAAUCCGAUUCAGAGGUGCUUGGUGUACUUGUGGAACGCUCCAAUUCUCUGGACGAGGAUCUUAAUGCCAAUAGUGCGCCACUCGUGGUUCUAAUGGACACCGAGGAGGAGAGCAGCUGCUGCGGCAACGGUGCCGAUACCGGCGCUGGACCUGAAAUCGUUGCUGCUGGUGUUGUCGCGAGCAUCGGUGAUGGUAUAGAUAGCACAGAACGGCUAAUGUCGCUGAUGAGCGAGAAGAACGGCAGUAUCGGGGAUAGCGGCGCUACGCUGCUACCGGUCAUGGCUGGUGCACUGUCGUCCAAGAAAGCCAGCCGCUCGAAGAAAAAAAAACGCAGAUGAGUAGAGGAUUGUGUCGAUGUACCCAGGGCCGGACUCGCCCUCUACAUACUCUUUUUGCAGGUCACGGGGGUGGAUUAGCAGGAGGAGAGUAGGAGGCGCGGAUCGACCGGAUAGUUUAUUGGUUGGACAGUUGUUAAUACAGUAACGCGUGUUGAAUUUGGAAGCUGGAGCGUGACGUGGAAUUUGACUUUAGAGGAAAAAAAAAAUAAUAAUAAAUAAUAAUCCUGUGAAUUUUUUGUGUGAUUCAUCAUCGAGACGAGCGAGUAAAUAUCGUCUGUUGUUAUCUUACCGGCGAGAUUAUAAAAAGUCAUUGGCCUUAGAUAUUCGAUUCGUGGAUGGCUCACAAAGUUUUGUGUAGUUGUUAUUCUCGUAGCUGUGAUAAAAAAGUAUAAGACAACUCUCAUAUAAUAAUACCGACGAGGAUAUCACUAAUGUUCCUGAAAUUAUGUUAUCAAUCAUAUAACACAAAAGUUUUAAUUUCGGUGUGGUCAUCACAAGUUGUGUGUGAUACAAUGGUAUAUACAUUACGCAUUCGGGUGUAAAAAAAGUAAAUAAUAUCGUCUCAAAUCACGUGCACAUUGUCGCUUGCGAUGGGCAUGUGUUUUUGGGCUUUCUUUUUAAUCGCUUCCGUGAUGCGUGUGUGUGUGUGUACUUCCGAUUUCACGUGCCGAUACGAGAUACGAGUAGAAAUGGGCCAAGUAAAAAUGUAAAAAAAAAAAAAAAAUAAUUUAAAUAGUACAAUUGUUUAGUAAAUCGAAAUUUUCACGUGAUUAUGGACGUUGCGUCCAUCAAUCAUUGCUGUUGCUAUUGUCAUAAGUGUGAAUAAGGAAAAUGCCAUUGAUUAAAUUAAGUGUGAUGAUCCUUACUAAGAA